CCCAAAACUUUAAAACAAUAAGCAGAGGAAAAAAUAACAGAUGAAAAAAGUUUAAGUGCAAGUCGUAAAAGAUACAUUUAUUAAUAAUUUAUAGAAAACAAAAGAAACAACUUGAACUGGAAAAAAAAUCGAUGAAUUUUCAAUGUAUGAAUCGAAUUGAAAUUGUCUCUCGAGAUAUGAUCGAAAAGUGUUUUGAGGCCAAUGUUGUUGAUGUUUUUGUUGUCCCAGCCGCUGCCUCUGUCACUGCCAUUGUUGUUGUUGUUGCUGCCGUUGCUGCUAAAGCUGAAAGCGUUUAACUGUUUCUUGAUUGCUGUUCAACGAGCAAAAGGACGCUCGAUUCAAUCUGGAUCGCCGCCGCCGCCGCCGACGCCAAUUUUAACUACUCUUUGAGGCGCCACCACUGGCGCACACAGCAGCAAGCGGAUAAUUGAAUCAUAAAGGACACGGACACGGGCACGGAUACGAAUUUGCGAAUUGAGUUGCGUCUCUGUGUGCGUGCCACGGCAAGGCAGGGUAAGGCAAGGCACGGUGUGUGCCGUCCUAAAAAGUUCGGCAGCGGAAAAUGCUAACAAAGCCGAGCAAAUAAUUGUUGUAGUGAAACACGCGGAGAACGCGGGACAGCGAACAACGACGCUGAGAAGUAAAAGGCGAAGACGAAAGUGUGCAGCGAAGAGGCGGAAGAAAAACGCGAUAGACCAUUGCUAAGGAUACGGCUGCAGGAAAAUGACAGCCAUCCUGCUUUAAUUAAACUUGCCAAAAAACCGGAGGAUGGGGGUGCGAGAGAGCGCACAGUGUGAGUGCGAAUGCGAGUGCUACGAGUACGGGUUUGAGUUCGAGUUCGAGUUGUUGGUGCCUGGCAGUCAAAAACCGGUGAAAAGGGGAGAAAAUUGAAACGAAAUGUCGCUGAUGCCGUGGACCGUGGACAACACAACAAAGUGGACGAAAUUGCUUUUGGAACAGCCAAGAGCGAGAACGAGAACUGACAUUAGUUUUGAUUAAAUUCACAUUUUACACACGACAACUUAACACAAACAACAACAACAACAAAAAUUACCCAAAAAGCAAACAAAUCUAAAACACUAAAACUCAAAGCCAAGGAAAGGUAAAGUUCGGCGGACAGUAGAGGUGAAGAACUAGAAGAAGGUGAAGCGGCUCUAUGCUUGGCAGUUGAAUUUUACGCUUGAAGUAACCGCAAACAAGGUAGAAGGGAGCCACCCUUUACCCAUUCGCCCACUAAAACUUGCCCAACUCUCUCUCCUGCUGCUGUUGCUGCUGCUGUGUGAACUCGUAAUUGAGUUUUGCAUGCCGCAAGUAAUACAAGGAAGACGAAGUCGUCGCCUCCGUACCCGGUCCCCCAUUAACAGCUACACAUGAACACGCCGCAGUGACAGUGACAGUGACGUGGACAGUGUGUAUGAGUGGGAGUGAAAGAGAGGGAGCAGCGCAGAGAAGAGACAUUGAGGAGACACACACACAGGACACAGGGAAAUUUCGUCAACUGCAGCCAAGCGGUGUGUCAUCAUCAAGAGCCAUCAUCAACGCACCCACAAAAACCAAAUUGGCUGCCGCAAGGAUUGCCUUGCACCCACAUUCGAAAACCAACCAAGUACCAAGCACACGAAAUAUCCUCAGAGUGCUACGUCAGCCCAUAUCAUCGUCAGCUACAACUACAGAGACCACUACCACCACAACAAGGAGGAGGGAGCACUACUGGGCAUUAAACGUUGUUGUCGUCGUCGCAACCCCCCACUCUAUCACCCUCCUCUUCAACAAAAAAUACGGGAGACCAUCAUCAGUACGGCAUAGGAGAUGAAUCUAUUGUGCUGUUGUUGUUGCAGUAACAUGGCACCAAACCAGCGCGUCACACGCAAAUGGGAACUAUUUGCCGGACGCAAUAAAUUCUACUGCGAUGGAUUACUAAUGUCCGCACCCCACACGGGCGUCUUCUACUUGACGUGCAUCCUGAUCACCGGCACCAGUGCUCUCUUCUUUGCCUUCGAUUGCCCAUUUCUGGCUGAACGCAUCAAUCCAGUUAUUCCUAUUGUUGGCGCUAUACUCUACUUCUUUACAAUGAGUUCCUUGCUGCGCACAACCUUCACAGAUCCUGGCGUCAUACCGCGUGCCUCCAAUGAUGAGGCUGCCUAUAUUGAAAAACAAAUUGAGGUGCCAAACUCACUGAAUAGUCCCACAUAUCGGCCACCGCCACGCACCAAGGAGGUCCUGGUCAAGGGUCAGACGGUCAAACUGAAGUAUUGCUUCACCUGUAAAAUCUUUCGACCGCCACGUGCCUCGCAUUGCAGUUUAUGUGAUAAUUGCGUGGAUCGCUUUGAUCAUCAUUGUCCCUGGGUGGGAAACUGCGUGGGCAAACGUAAUUAUCGGUUCUUUUAUUUGUUUCUAGUCUCAUUGGCAUUUUUAGCUGUAUUUAUAUUCUCAUGCUCUGUGACGCAUUUAGUUUUAUUGAUGAAAACCGAACAGGAAGUCUUCGAAGUAAUAAAGAAGGCUCCCUUCACUGUGAUUGUUGUGUUCAUUUGUUUCUUUUCCAUUUGGUCUGUCAUUGGCCUGGCUGGAUUUCACACAUAUCUAACCACAAGCGAUCAGACAACAAACGAGGAUCUCAAGGGCUCCUUUUCAUCAAAGGGCGGUCCGCGUACACAGAAUCCGUAUUCGCGUGGCAACAUUUGCUUAAACUGCUGUCACAUUCUAUGUGGACCCAUGACGCCCUCGCUAAUUGACAGACGCGGCAUAGCCACCGAUGAGUAUAUACAACAGAUGCACCAUCAGUCCAGUCCCAGGCAUGCAUUAAGCGAUGUGAUGAGCGCCUCCCAUAUGGUGACCACAGCUCAGCCGAUGCUCGGUGUGGGUGGUAUAAGUGGUGCCGGUGGUGGCGUUAGUAUAGGUGGCGCUGAAUUGAAGCCACGUUUCUACGAUGAGUCAAAUCCCUCCUCAUCGACAUUGGAGGGCAAUGGAGCAGCUGCUGCCAUCAAUGGUCAUGCCCAUGCCCAUGCUGGGAAUGGAAACGGCUUUGAGCGACCGCCGCCCAGUUAUGAUUUGGUUCAGAAUGGUAAGUCACGCAAACAGCAUCAAAGGUGCUCACUGCAAACUUUGCUGCCAGCCAGCGCCCAGCACCAGUUCAAAGCGAACAAACACAAGCAACUUAAGCAACAACAUCAGCACCAACAACAACAACAACAGCAACAACAACAAUUGCAUCAUCAUCACCAUCAUCAGAAGCAACAGUUAAUGGCAGCCGAAUUGCAAAUGGCUCAACAGGACGGAGUGGCAAGCAGUCAUCAUCAUUCACCAUCUUUAAUGCGUUCACCGGCAACAUCGUCGUAUAGAUUGAAUCUGAAACGCUCCCUGCACCUGCCGCUGACGCCGUCAUACGAUGAUGUGCGCAACUCACCACUGCCGCUGCUCCAUCAUCAUGUUCAUUCACAGCAGACAACGGCCAUUGGCAGUGUGUCAGUGGCGACAGCAACGGCAGGCGGCGGCGGCAUAGGAAUUGCCAGCGGCGGCGGUAGUAGUAGUAGUGUUGCUGGUGGCGGUGGCGGUGGCGGAGGCGGUGGCGGUUCAUCAUCAUCGACAACAGCACCGACCUCAGUAUCAGUAUCAGCAUCAAUGGCAACUGCAGCGCCACCAUUGGCACCACCGCCGCCGUUGGCACCGCGACGCCCAUCGACGCUUCAGCUGCAGGGCAGUGGAGCGAUAUCGGCCAGUAAUACGACCUUAACCACAAUACACACAUCGGCUCCACAGGCGCCGGCGCCCAGCGAUUUUAAAUACUAUUCCCCGCAACGCAGCACCGACUCGAAUCUGAUGCGAAACUAUCCAUUCCCGAAGGCGGCGCGUGGUAUGCGCCGUCAGUCAACUCAAUCGGUGGACUCGCAAAAGGUCAACAUUGCCGGCUAUCAGCCGUUGCCAAUGCGGGCCCGUUAUAAGCAUCAGGAGGUUAUGUUUGAACUAAAAUCACCGACCAAUCGGCUAACAAUUCGUGAAUGCGAUUUUGGCGGUGGCGGUGAGCCCUGCGACGAUGAUCAAUCGAUUAAGGAUAGCCAGAUCUUUCGUGUUAGUAAACGAAAUCUUUAUAUGAAUCACCGUUCGCCAUGGAAGGAGCGGGAUCGUUAUUCGAAUCUGUACGAGUAUUCGUUCAACAUAGAUCUAAACUCGAUUAUCGAGGAUGCUGCGGGCAGUGACUCGUCAUAGUACGCAGUUAUUAGCUGCCAGCAAAUAAUGAUAAUAGCAAUUAUUACUAUCCUAUCACUGCCGCCAUUAAUGGACCGCAAGUCCAUGGCAUUCAUGGGUUCUGUGGGUUCAAUGUGGCCAUUGACUACAUUUUUUAUUGGUUGUUAAAUGCUGUACAUAUAUGUAUAAUGAGGGAAUGAAUAGCCCCCGAAAAGCCCCAUCCCCCUUUUCGCAUUACCUGUUGAAUUUCUCAAUAUUAAUCUCUCUCUCUCUCACUCUAUUUCUGCAGGCCAAGCAGGCCUAGGCACUAUAUAUACAUAUAUAUACCUACCAUAUAUAGUAGUUAGAAACAUUAAACAGAUUGUGAUUAAGAAUAGAUGGCCCUAAGUCGGCUUAGCCGAUCUAAUAAAUAUGAAUAUUUAAAUAAUGUUUUCCGAUUUUAAAACUCACUCAUUCUUCAUAUAUGUGAAUUUUACGAAUUGAAAUGAACAAUUGGUGCUUGCU